AUGGUUUAUUCUUUACCCUCUCCCCUCCUUAUGCUAACUUUAAUUCAGCUAAUUUCCAGGUUUACAUCCCUCCAAUCUUCUUUACUUGAUCCCAAUUCCUCAACAAGUUGCGAUAAGAUUGAGAGAAAGGCACUUCUCCAGUUCAAAGCAGGCCUUCAAGACUAUUCAGGCAGGCUUAAUUCUUGGUUUGGCAAAGAUUGUUGUAGAUGGUCUGGUGUUGGUUGCAACAAGCUGACAGGUCAUGUCACGAAGCUAGACCUCAGAAAUCCAUAUGAUCAGCCUUACCAUCAAAAUGCAAGCCUUGUAGCAGCUUUUAAAGUGGCAAGGUUAGGUGGUAGAAUAAAUCCUUCAUUGCUUGAUUUAAAGUAUUUGAAUUACUUGGAUUUAAGCUUGAACAAUUUCAAAAAUACUCCAAUACCAAACUUCAUUGCUUCACUCACUGAAUUAAGUUACCUUAAUCUUUCGAGUGCAUCCUUUGGUGGUUCGGUUCCUCAUCAUCUUGGAAACUUAUCAAACUUGCAAUAUCUUGAUCUAUAUUCCUACCCACUAAAAUAUUCUCCAAGUAUUUGGGUUUCUGAUUUGAAUUGGAUAGUUGGACUUUCUUUGUUGAAGCACUUGAAUUUAGGAUAUGUGAAUCUUAGAAUGGCAUCAACAAGUUGGCUGUCAGUUAUUAACAUGCUUCCAUAUCUUGAGGAGUUGCAUUUGCCUGACUGUACUCUCGAUCAGGUACCUUAUUCUCUUCCAUUUGUGAACUUUAGUUCCAUUCAAGUUCUAGAUCUUUCAGAGAACUGGUUCGGUUCUUCCGUACCUCAGUGGUUAUUUAAUAUUAGUAGCAGUCUUGUGGUCUUGAACUUAGGAAACAGUGGAAUUGGGAGGUACUCUGUGAAUGAUGUUGAUUGGGGAAAAUUUUGCCACUUACAGACUCUAGAUCUAUCAUCUAGUGAGAUAAGUGGAGAAUUAGAGAAAUUUGUAAGCAGUUUGUCUAAAUGUGACAACAUUAGCUUGGAAGUGUUACAUUUAUGGUCUAAUAAUUUGGGAGGGCUAAUACCUGAAUCGUUGGGACACAUGAAGAAUUUGAAAUCUCUCCGAAUUGAUGAUAAUCCAAUCUCUGGUUCAAUUCCAGCAUCUAUAGGAAACUUAUCCUGCUUGGAGGAAUUAUACGUUGCAGACAACAAGUUGAAUGGGACUAUCCCUGAAAGUAUAGGACAACUCAACAAGUUGAGGGAAUUAUAUCUUGAAGGUAACUGGUACGGUGUCAUAUUGGAGACUCAUUUCCUCCACCUGGAAAAUCUUAAAAGCCUAUACUUUUCAUCUUGGAACAAGGCUCUAGCAUUUGAUAUUAGACGGGAUUGGAUUCCUCCCUUCAGUUUGGAGCUCAUCUUUAUCAGCCAUUGCCAAAUGGGUCCCAACUUUCCUGCAUGGCUCAAGACUCAAAAGGACUUGAGGUCCCUGAGUCUUGAAGAAGUGGCAAUUUCGUAUACAAUACCUGAUUGGUUUUGGGAACAAACUCCACAGUUUCGAAAUUUGCGUCUCUACAAUAACAAAUUAAGAGGAACACUUCCCAAAUCACUGAAAUUUGCACCAGGUGCCUUUGCUGUAGACCUUAGUUCUAACCUUUUUGAGGGUCCACUUCCACUUUGUUCUCAGGUCAGGAUUCUGUCUUUAAGGAACAACUCUUUUACAGGAUCAAUUCCGAAGAACAUUGGUGAAAAGAUGUGGCAAAUGGAAUACUUAGAUCUCUCCAAGAACUUUCUCAGUGGUAAUAUUCCCCCCUCUAUAGGUAAGUUUAUAAGGUUGCAAAUUAUAUCUCUUUCAAACAACCUCCUUUCCGGAAAGAUCCCUUGGUGGAAAUCGUUGACAAGCUUGAGGGUCAUAGAUUUCUCCAAGAACAAUCUAUCUGGAAGCAUUCCGAGCUCAAUAUGUUCACAUCCUAGGCUUCACAUAUUGAAAUUGAGUGGCAACAAUCUUUUUGGGAACCUCUCGUCCUUACAGAAAUGCAUGGAACUAUCAGAACUUGGUCUUGCAGAUAAUAAAUUCUAUGGAGGAAUUCCAAAAUGGAUUGGAGAAAGGCUAUCAUCUUUAUCAAUUCUGAGCUUGGGAGGAAACAUGUUUAAUGGAAAGAUUCCUGAAAACUUAUGUCAUCUUUCUUACCUUCAUAUCUUGGAGCUUCGACAUAACAAUUUAUCAGGACGAAUCCCUCCAUGUUUAGGCAAUCUAAGCGGGUUGAGUUAUUUGAGGCCUUAUUCUCCACAAGACCCUGGUUCUCAUCCUGCUUACUGGAAUGAAAUGGAGUUCAAUGUCAAAGGCCGAAUACUUGAAUUUACCUUGACACUUGAUCUCGUGAACAUCAUAGAUCUUUCGAGAAAUAAUCUACAAGGAGAAAUCCCGAAGGAAAUAACAAAUCUUUCAACCUUGGGCACCUUAAAUUUGUCAUGGAAUCAAUUGACUGGAAACAUACCAAAGAAGAUAGGAAAUCUGCGAAGUUUAGAAACUCUUGACCUGUCAGGCAAUCAUCUUUCUGGCACAAUUCCUUCAAGUAUGUCAGACAUAACAGCAUUGAGCCAUUUGAACUUCUCAUAUAAUAACUUGUCAGGACCAAUUCCAUCAACCAAUCAGUUCCGAACCUUCAAUGACCCUUCUAUUUAUGAAGGCAACUCAAAACUUUGUGGAUAUCCAUUGUCAACCAACUGCUCAACAACAAACAAUGGCCAACAAGAGAAUCAGGACGCCGAAGGCAAAGAUGAAGAUGUGGCUGAAAUGCUGUGGUUAUACUUCUACAUUGGAAUGGCCCCCGGAUUUGUCAUGGGGUUUUGGGCUGUUUGUGGCUCGUUGAUCAUUAGUAAGUCUUGGAGACAUGCUUUAUUCCGGUUGGUAGAUGAUAUUAGAGACAGAAUUUGGGUAAUCAGUACAGUGACACUGGCUCAUUUGAUCGAGAAGUUGAAAGGUAAAAGAAAUGGAGAUUUUCAAAGAAAAUAG